AUGUCUGAAACGCUACGUAAAAGAGGGAGACCGCCUCUGCGUAAGGAUUACAAGGAUCCCAUGAAAAGUCCCAUGGCACAUUCUUCCAUGCAAAUGCAAAAGAUGGGACUUGCGUUCUCGAAGCCGCUUAUGAAGGUGAACGCUGCUGGUUAUUCGUCCCCGUCGCCGCGUAAACGUCAUAGUAAUUCGUGGUCAGAGAGUCCUUUAAUAGGGUCUGCCGGACCUACCAAAAACGGACGCUAUAGAGGAGUCUUGUUGGCUACGCCUGCCAAACGUGCGAGGACAGACAUUUCCUCGUCACCGUUGACUCCCUCCGAUGAAUUGUUUUCGUCUGAAUCCCGGAAACGUGAAUUGAGAAGCUCUCCUAUUGAGUUUGAGACCGAUGAGUCGUCGACGAAAAAAAAGAGCGUCUCCGCCUGGGCCGACCCAACUAGGCCCCUAGAACCCUCUUUUAAAUUUUCGCUCUGUGUGGGGCAAGAUGGUAAAGCCACAAUUGCGACUCCAGCGGGCAUUGAUGGCUCUGCUGACGCAGUACCAGCUGUGAACGAUAAAGAGCCUGUAGGACCGACUGCCUCUUUUGACCGAGGAAAAGUACUGGGACUUUUGAAGAAAAUGAAAAGUACCCGCAGAGACGUCUCGAUAAUAAAUCACACCAGAAACUCUACAGACAGGACUACCCCGUCGAUAAAACCCAGCGAAGUUUUCACGGGAUUCAUUCCGGUAUCGCCGCGACAACACUCAGAUUUGCUGCCCAUGCCCUCUACCCCUCAAGGUAGCUCUGGAUUCCAAUUCAAACUCGGUUUCACUCCCAAUGCUGGCAUUGACGAAGUGUUAGACGGUUGCACCAAAACUGGAGACACGGAAGCUCCCAAAGAAUUUGGCAAAAAUCUUUCUCAGGCGAGUAGCUUCAUAUUCAAACUGAGUUCCGGAGAUCCACUUCUCAUGACGGAUGAACCCAAUGCCGAAUAUUUCUUGGCCCAUCAAAUAAAUGCACCUGCUGAAGGUACACACCAACAAUUGAUGGGCUCCUCACGCAAGCAAUAUAGCCUUUUCAAUUCGCCACCCGCGCCUCCAGGUUUCAACACCAGUUUCUCGAAGCUGGACGGGCUGGGUUACCGUCAAGCUACUGCCACCUACAUGGUUGCAGACUCCAGACCCGUUUCUUCUAGGUUGAGUGUACCAUCAACGCCAAUUGACCAGGCCAACGAUUACGCUCUUUCGAUCCAGUGCACGCCUUUAAUUCAGCAAACCAUGAACGGGUCGCUUAAUCGGCCCAUAUCAGACGCUUUCGAGCAACGCCCUCAGCGUACUACAGAACCACCAAAAGCUUGGGAUCAAGAUGAUGCAAGGGUUGCACUUCGGAAGUUGAUUGGAGGAUCAGAGUGA